AUGAGAUUUGGAUCGUUGAGUGUUUGUUUGCUGGCAUUGGCCACCGGCAUGACAGUACGGGAUGCCAAGGCCCAGACAGCACAGGAGCAAGAAGACCAUGGCUUUGUGGUGGAAAACACGGUGUUUGUGGGCGCCAAUGCCAUGACGAUUGUGAUUGGCCAAGACGAGGACAUGGUUCCCUCGCAAGUGGAUUGGACCGACGGUGUUUGCUACUCACCCAUUUCCAGUGGUGUUCACCCAGGCGACAAGCUGCACUUUGAAUACCAAGCGCACAAUGUGUACAAGAUGGCCUCCAAGGAACACUUUUUGAACUGUAACUUUACCGAUGCCACGCUCUUGGCACAAGUGGGAGAAUCACCUUAUGACUAUGCCGUUGCGGGUGACGACACGGGAGAAGUACUCUACUUUGCCUGCCAAGUGGGAGAUCAUUGUGCCAGUGGAACACAAAAGGUCCAGGUCGCCGUAUCGGCAUUUGCCGGAAAUCCUGCGGCCGAUCGACCCACCGUCGUCUCGAGCUACUCCUUGGGAACCUCUACAGAAGCGUGCAACGAGAUUCAAGAAUCCGGUGCCGUCAGUCAAAACGAUGCCCAGCAAGCCAACAUGUUGCGCUCCUCGUGCACGGACCCAGAACCAACUGGAGAACCCAACACGUUCUACCGAUCGUGUCUCAGUGGUCCUGCCACUCUUACACCCGGAGGAGUCGUCAAUCGAUUGUUCCUCAUGGCAUAUCCGUACCCUACCGAUCGACGUGUCGCUCUGGGACAACGAACUUUUGAAUUCGUCUACGAUACUCCCGAUGGUA